CCAGCAGCAGCCUGCCGUCACCUUCGUGGUCAGUCAUCUGUCGGCCAUAUUAGGUGUCCACCUCCGUUUCGACGAUUAAUAAAUCGCCGUGCGAUUGCACCUCGGGACUCUGCUACGUGCCCGGGGCCCGCGUUGACCGGAAACAGUCACCCAGGUAACCCAUCAAGUGGGAAAGUGACAGAUAGCGCGUUAAAAAGCAGCAGCCUAAAGCAGCCACCACCACAGCCAGCAGGAUGACUGCGGGGCCAUACAACUACUCCUACAUCUUCAAGUACAUCAUAAUUGGUGACAUGGGCGUGGGCAAGUCAUGCCUGCUGCACCAGUUCACUGAAAAGAAGUUCAUGGCCGACUGUCCGCACACCAUCGGCGUCGAGUUUGGCACGCGCAUCAUCGAGGUGUGUGGUCAGAAGAUCAAGCUCCAGAUCUGGGACACGGCCGGCCAGGAGCGCUUCCGUGCUGUCACACGCUCCUACUACCGCGGCGCCGCUGGAGCACUCAUGGUCUACGACAUCACCAGGCGCAGCACGUACAACCAUCUCAGCAGCUGGCUAACUGACGCAAGGAACCUCACCAACCCCAACACAGUCAUCUUUUUGAUUGGCAACAAAUGUGAUCUUGAAGCUCAGAGAGAUGUCACGUACGACGAGGCAAAGCAGUUUGCUGACGAAAAUGGUCUAAUGUUUGUGGAGGCUAGUGCAAAAACGGGUGAGCAUGUCGAGGAGGCCUUCCUCGAGACUGCUAAGAAGAUCUUCCAAAAUAUUCAGGAUGGCAGCCUGGACCUGAAUGCAGCCGAGUCUGGUGUGCAGCACAAGCCCCAGACACGAACCACGACAAGCCUUACGAGCGAGGCUACCACAGACAAGGAGGCCUGCGGCUGUUAGGAACCCCUGCAUCUCCCCUCCCCUCCUUCCGGUGUGCGGCGACUUCUACGCAGUCCAGGACUGCCUUUCGACCACGGGAGGACAAGGGAAGCAGAGGAGUGGAGCUGGACGGAGGCUGCUUUGAACGGGACUACUACUACUACCAAGGGGGAAAUGAGGGAGGAGCCUAGAAGAAGGGUUGGGGGGAGCAGGGCAGGGCUGGAGGAAGAAUCGGACAUAUACACACAACACACACGGGUCUCUCCUCGUGUAGCGAGGACAGUGGCGGCGACCAGACGAGAGGGGGGAAGGAUGGCAGUCUACCGGCCCCCUUUAUUUUCUUUAGUCUCUCCCUUAACUCUCCCUGCCGUCGUAACAGGCCCCGGUACUGCUGCUGCCGCUGCUUAACUCUGUUCUUGCCCUCAGUCUCUCACACAGCUCUCGCCUAUCUUUUUUUUUAUACCUCGGUGUUCUUUUUGUUCAUUUUUUUUCUUCUCUGUGUAUGUGUGUGUGUCUCACAGUGUACUAGGGGUGGAGAAAUAAAUGUGGCUUCUCUUCCCCAUGCACAUGCCACCCUGCUGCCACAUAACCUCUGUUCAACAGGCACCAUCUCUGAGCAGUAGAGCAUAACCUGGCUGGUGAUUUUUUUAAAGUCUGCAACACUGGAAUGCAUGUUAAGAUUUGAAGAAAGCAACUGCUGAAACUCUCCUGUCUAACAUGUUCAGCCUGCACUUUGGUCCCUUUUUUUUUUUCCCGUUUUCUUUCUUCACUACCAGGUCUAGUUAGACUUUAGGAUGCCCACUUUUUCAGCAUUCCCACCAUUCAGGUGGCUUCACAUGGACUUUGCUGAGGCGGGGAUGCAAGGCAGAAACGGUGUCUGUUGCUUAGAAGGCUGCCGCUUGCUUGUGUAACCUGGUCAGAAUUUCCUGUUUUUUUUUCUCACAUUCUUUCUGUGUAAAUUCCUUGAUUCUUUUUUUUCCUGUGAUUGAAUUUGUUGUUAUACAUCAAUUCUGGCAAGGAAGAAUGCAGACAUUGCAGUGCAGUGUCGUAUCUCACCUGUGCUUCUGGUCCUUGUGCAUUGCCUCUGUUAAAACAUUCCUCACUUUUUAUUGGGAGGCUCGGCACAAGCUAUAUUUCUUUGCUUAAGAGCUGCUGACACUGCAUGUUCGGUAGCAGCUACAGUCUCUUCUUUCUUUUUUUUCUUUUCCUAGUGUGAUUUGAAGCUCAUAUGUAAUUCCUGCCACUGCGCAACUCCUUUUGAAUGUAGCUAAUGACAUCAACAACCUUAGGGCCAUCAGCAGCUUUUUUGUAAGGCCCAUCAUAGUAGCUGGUGUUAUGGUUGUAGAAUUCAGAAAAAAAAAACCACAAAGCUCCUACAGUGGCAGGUGCUUGGAUGAGUAUGUUUUCAUGCAAGGAUGACACGGAGUGUUUUCUUGUUUGCGGUGCAAUCUGCCUUUCCAGCGCUGCGCAAAAAUGCUGAGCAAAACGCUUUUUAUGGAUGUUAAGGGGUGGAGAGAGAGAGACUAGAGGUGGGUGAUGUUGGCUGUUUACUUUCGAGAUUUCUCUACUGGGCUUUACUUUCUCUUUCCCCGACAAAUGAUGUGUAUUGACCAACUGUGGUCAAACUAUUUUUCCCUAUGGCGCUUGUAUGCUGCUUUUGCGUGUUGCGUGUAUGUGUGAGUGAUUCAUUUAAUUGUACAUUUAAAACAAAAUGGGGGCAAGAAAGAAAAAAAAAGGCUUCUCACUUUCUUGUGCGUUGUUGGGUGCAGAGUCCUGUUCUUGGCCACUCUAUGUUGGGCGGUUAUUCAGGAUGUGAUAGUCGUAUGCCUCUUUCUUUUUGUCCCUCCCCUUCCAAGUAUUAAGGAGCCACUCUGUGUUGCGGAUUAAGAAAUGGCGUGCUACAGAUUGGCCAGAUGCCUAAGCAGGGCCACCGUACGAGAUUUUGUAGCCACUGCUGGCUAUCCCAGCACUGGUUUUGUAUAGUUCGUGCUCUCAACACAACCAAGUACCGCCAACUGAACGGUGGAGAAACGGUGUGCGCUCAUUUUGUCAUGCUGUACGUGUGUGCACAGCUGCUUCUGUUGCUGCUGCUGUGGUUGAUUAUUUGCAGGCCUGGGAGCAGCAGACAAGUGCAGCUGCAUGUGUAACUUGCGCAGCACUCCUGUGACCCUAAUAUUGUUGCAUUGUACGUAGGCUGUUUACAAGUUUUUAUUUUCCUCCCUGAAAAGAUGAUCACCAGCAGUGAAAGAAAAAUGCUGUACUUCAAUUUUUAAGAGGCUUGGACCUUUUUUGUUUCUUUUUUUUUUUUCUUCUAAAAUGUAAUUAUAUCUUCCACCUACAUAGCUGAACACUGGUUGGCACACAUUGC